AUGGCGGAGAAGACACCCUCGAUGCUCGCCUCGGAGGCGGACUUGGGCGAGGUUAGGUCUCAGCAUGACGGUACUGUUGCCGAAGGCGGCCUCCAGAAGAGCUUGAAGGAUCGCCACCUGAGCAUGAUUGCUCUUGGAGGCGCCUUGGGCACAGGACUGCUUGUAGGAACAGGUUCGGCUCUUGCCAAGACUGGUCCCGCUGGUAUCUUCAUUGAUUUCAGCGUCAUUGGUCUUACCGUGUUCUGCGUCAUGGCCGCCCUUGGCGAGAUGCUCUCCUUUGCUCCCAUGGCUCGUGGCUUCGGCGGCUACGCAACACGUUUCGUUGACCCUGCUCUGGGCUUUGCUACCGGUUACGCCUAUCUUUUCAAAUACCUCUUAGCCACACCGAAUCAAAUGGCUGCUACAGCUCUGAUUAUGGAGUUCUGGACUCAAGACCGAAUAAACCCAGCCGUAUGGAUCAGCAUCGUUCUGGUACUCAUCAUCAUCGUCAAUUUCUGCGGCGUCAAAGUAUUUGGAGAGAUGGAGUUUUGGGUAUCUUCGUUGAAGGUCAUCAUCCUUACGGGCGUCAUACUCAUCAUGCUUAUUCUAGCUUGUGGAGGUGGUCCUACGCAUGAUGUAAAGGGAUUCAAGUACUGGAGUGACCCCGGGGCUUUCGCAGAGUACAAGGUCAAAGGUGACGUAGGAAAGUUCACUGGUGUUUGGAGCACCAUGAUUCAAGCGGUCUAUGCAUUUGGUGGCACCGAACUCGUUGGUGUGACUGUGGCAGAGGCAAAGAACCCUCGCAUUGCAAUGCCCAAGGCCGUCAAGAUGACCUUCUUCCGGAUCGCCUUUUUCUACAUCGUCUCAGUCUUUCUCCUCGGCAUGGUCGUUCCCUACAACAGUCCGGAGCUGGCAUUCGCCCUUACAGCCAAAACCUCGGCGGCAGCCUCGCCGUUCGUUGUGGCUAUCACAAACGCUAAAAUCAAGGGACUUGACCAUGUCAUCAACGCGUCCCUCCUCAUCUUUGUCGUCUCAUCUGCAGUAUCCGAUUUGUAUAUUUCGACGAGAACACUCUACGGUAUCGCGUGCGACGGCAAGGCUCCCAAGAUCCUGACACGCACAACGAAGCUUGGCGUGCCGUAUGUCGCCAUGAUUAUCCCGCUUGCCUUCACCUGUCUCUCCUACAUGAGUGUUCAGGCCGGAGCCAAGCAAGUCUUCAAUUACCUGACCAACAUGGUCGCAAUUUUUGGCAUGCUCACUUGGAUCGGUAUCCUCGUCUCUCACGUAGGGUUCAUCAAAGCGACCAAGGCACAACAAAUCCCGGACGACCGAUUCCCAUACCGCUCCCCCUUCGGCCUCGUUGGAUCUUACAUCGCCCUGGCUUUCCUGUCGAUCCUCAUUCUGACCAAGAGCUUUGAUGUCUUCGUGGGUGGCUUCGAUUACAAGGGCUUCAUCGUAGGCUACAUCGGCCUCCCCGUGUACCUAACACUCCUCUUUGGCUAUAAAUUCUGGCGCGGAACUAAGAGGGUGACGAAUUCCGAGGCGGAUCUAGUCACUGGCGUGCCAACUAUCUCUUUCGCUGAGGAGAGGGCCCUUCACGAGGCCGAGGAGCGUGAAAGGGCCAAGGACCAAACAGGAGUGGCACGUGUUAUUGGUCAGGUCUAUCGACGCACUCUUGCGUGGCUUUUCUAG